AGCCUUCGACCGAGCAUGACCCGCCCUUUGCUGCAGAUGUUGAACCGAUGAAUGCCCCUCCUUCUGUGCUUCUCUCGAACGCCAACAAUGACCGGGUGGACCAGCGCACUUGCCUGAUCUGCGGGGACCGAGCGACGGGCCUGCAUUACGGCAUCAUCUCCUGCGAGGGCUGCAAGGGCUUCUUCAAGCGCAGCAUCUGCAACCGGCGGGUGUACCGAUGCAGCCGCGACAAGAAAUGCAUCAUGUCUCGCAAGCAGCGCAACCGGUGCCAGUACUGCCGACUCCUGAAGUGCCUCCAGAUGGGCAUGAACCGGAAAGCCAUCCGUGAAGACGGCAUGCCCGGGGGCCGGAACAAGAGCAUUGGACCUGUCCAGAUCUCCGAGGAAGAGAUCGAGCGGAUCAUGUCCGGCCUGGAGUUUGAAGGAGAGGCCAACAUCUCCUGGUGUAACAACGGAGACAGCGACAACAGCUCGCCGGGCAACGGGGUGUCGGAAAGCAACCAGCCUUCCCCGGUCUCGACUCCGUCUUCGAGGUCCGUGGAGAUGAACGGGUUUACGGUUCUCAGGGAUCAGUACAUGAGCACCCCAGUAUCCGCCCCCUACCAGUACCUGCCGCACCUUCUCAGCUGCCCAACUCACAUGGCCCGGCUGCCCCCCCAGACCCGCAGCCUCGACCCCCAGGCCCAUGGGCUCCUCAUCAGCCAGCUGGUGUCCGCGGAGGACUUGGAGCCCUUGGGCACCCCGAUGCUGAUUGAAGACGGGUACCGAGUGACCCAGGCCGAGCUGUUCGCCCUGCUGUGCCGGCUGGCCGACGAGCUUCUCUUCCGCCAGAUCUCCUGGAUCAAGAAGCUGCCCUUUUUCUGCGAGCUGUCCAUCAAGGACUACACCUGCCUGCUGAGCUCCACCUGGCAGGAGCUGAUUCUCCUCUCCUCCCUCACCGUCUACAGCAAGCAGAUCUUCGGGGACCUGGCGGACGUCACCGCCAAGUAUUCGCCCUCCGACGAUGAGCUCCACAGGUUAAAAAAAGUGGGGGGAGGGGGAUUUGGGAAGGGGUCGCAGGUGCUCUCUGAGGUGGAUUGCUUUCCUUGCAGACGUUUCAUGACCCAGCUAGGUAACAUCAUCAGUGCUGGAAGG